UAUUUGUUUCUUAUUGUUCAGUGUAGCUUAAAUACCUGUGGUCCAAGGGCGAUUGUUUCCUCAGACUCUUACCCUCUGGACCACAGUCCUGUCGUUAUAGAGCUUCUUUUUGGCACUCUCUCUGUGCCAGUCACUCCAUUGUCACUGCGCUCAACAGAUCAACCAAUCAUUCUGUCUAGGUGUCCAGAUCUAAGUGAGGGGGCGGAAUCUGACAAUAAAGCUCUACAGAAAUCAUAUCCUUGGACCUUAUUUCCCUUAUUUGACACUCACAAUUAA